CGUCUGACUGUUAAUGAGUGUGGUUGUACGUUUGUAGCUCGUAUGGAGCUCAUUGCGUGCCGCCUUGCGCGCAGUGCCUCACUUCAAUGCCGUUGAUCAGGACCAAAGUGAAGAUCGCAGUGGGUGUGUUUAAUUAAGAUUAUCCCUAUGGUGUGUGACAUACUAUGUUGUUUAUCAAGUUUCUAUUUUAGAGCAAUGGAGCGUGAGUUGAGUGAUGAAUCGGCGGUGUGUGCCGAAGAAAGCUUUGGCAUUUCACCGCCCAACAAACUGGACGGUUCGUGUAACGUGACGUCUAGCGGCAAUGUUCAGUACUGCGACACAUGUCAGACGUCAUGCGUCUUCAUGAGUGGCCAUAGACGUAAGUUACAAGCACGUUACGAAGGCUUUGUGCUAGUAAAACGUGUGCCAAUCCCGCCACAUCUGGUGAGAAGCUCUUUACCGUACGUUGCCGCGGCUCCCCACGGCCAUGAGAAGGGCCAUUCAUACAGACGCGGUGCGGAGGAGGAGGGGGGCGGUGGUCCCGGUGAACAGGAUGUUGCAGUUACGAAUGGCGUGGCAAGUCCGCAGACUUUGUGGACUGAAUCAACAGUGCCACUGAGUCUCCGGAACGUGUGGACUGAUUCGCCAGUACUUUUCAUGCCUACUAAGGAAAAAUUAGUUAACAUAGAUGCCGACGAAACGGCCAAAGGGAAUAUCUUACAAACAUCGACGUCUUCAACGUAUUUCUCGACGUCACAAAGCCCAUUUGCGGCACAUUUAGCAGCGUUGCCCACGCACCUCAAGCAGGGCCCCAGGCGUGAAAAGAAGCCUCGGGCGCACCAGCGACUAUGUCGGAAAAAAUCUCGUUCUCAGGAUAAUUUGUCGGCCGUUCGACGUUCUAACUCUCCGGACAAAGAAGAAGUUGUGCUAAAUAACGCUAUCCAACCACCACCGUUAUCCGCCUCUCACCUCUCGCGUUCAGAGGGUAGCAUUCACAACGUUCACGCUGUAGCCUUAACUUCAGGAUACUGCAAAGAGGAUGACGUUAGUGAAGCCCUUUGUGGUGGAGGCGUUGGUGAGCUAGCCAGGUUACCGAAGAAGUUACUGAGCAGGGUAACCGACGAGGUCGGGCAGUGGGUCUUCGACCUGGAGGGCUGGAACGAGCAGUACCUCUCCCUCGGCGACUCCUGCCUCACCCUCAGCAGCACCAUGGGCAGCGGUGCAGUGCUGCAGGUCGCCUACAGUGCACUGCUGGACGUGAGCGCCGUGCAGCCGUGCAGCGCUAAGAGCAACAAGCACUGCGCCAGACUGCUGACCCGCGACACUGCGCUCAUACUGCAGGCGAACAGCGCCUAUACGAGGGACCAAUGGCUGCACUCCAUACUGUGGAAGGUGAUUAUGUGGUGCUGCUGGGUGAUUAUGUGGUGCUGCUGGUGA